CUGAGCUCUGCUGAGCAGGGCUGGGAGAGGGCUCAGGGGAAGGAGCUCGGUUCUUGGGCAGUGCCAGUGGGGCUGGCGGGCAGAGAGUGCUCCCUGUGCCCCUCAGAGAGGGGGGAGCCCUCCCGGGUCCUGCUUUAUGGGACCAUUCUGCUCUUGCUUUUAACCCAGGCGCUCUGUCUGUGCAAGACUGACAGUAAAUAACUCUGAGCGCUGUGGGGAGAUGGAAACUGCAGCUGAGGAAUGAUUUUGGGGAGAGGAAGACAGAAAAGCACGAGCAAACUGUUCUGGAAGUGCAAAUACCCUCCUCAAGGAUUCGGCAGAUGCACCAGCUAUGGAGUCGGGCUGUAGCCCCAGCAAGGGAGGUUUCUCUCGGGAGCAAAGCUGUUAACCCUUUGGAGGGAGUGCCUGGCGAUGAGGAGGAGCUGCUGAGCUGAGCUCUGCUGCAGGUGUUUCCCUGGAAAGAUUCCCAGCAGGACUGUGGGCAAGCUCAUCCCUGUUCCAAGGAGGGCCCCCAGUGAACCCUUAUCUUCUUGGCCACUUGGUGAGCAGCCUGUGCCAGUGCUGGUUGCACUGAGACAAGAGCAACGAUCUCACACUCCUGAAGAGCCACUUUCCUUGCCUUUUAUGUCAGGAGCCUGUGCUGCUGCCAACAGGUUUAGUGCCCCCACAGAGACCCUCUUGGUGAUCUGCAGGACCAUCUCUCCUGGCAAUGGAUAAGUUCACAAACGGGCAGCCAGGCCCAGCUCAGAGGAACAGGCUCACAGGGCUGCUGGAAACAGAUGACAGCACCCAGGAAGAGAAACCUGCCCCCAGCAAAAAGGAAGAGAGGUCAGGACCUGGAAGGAAAGGAGAGCCACAGCCCUUGGAGACUCCUUAUCAGAAGGAGAGCAGUGACUUUGCCCCUAAAAUCAAGGUUAACCUGAAUUAUCGGCCAGGACUUGUCAGCAACCAGAAGGACCCGAAUCGCUUUGACAGGGAGCGCCUGUUCAGCGCCGUGGUCAGGGGCAGCCCCCAGGCUCUGCAGGGUCUGCUGGAGUACCUAAGGAGGAACUCCAAAUUCCUCACCAAUUCCGAGUACACAGAUGCAAAGACUGGGAAGACCUGCUUGAUGAAAGCCCUGCUGAACUUAAAAAAUGGGAAGAAUGACACAAUCCCAGUCUUGCUGGAAAUAGACCAAAAGACACAGAACCCCAGGCCACUUGUCAACGUGUCCUGCUCUGACUGUUUCUACAGAGGCCAGACUGCCCUGCACAUUGCCAUCGAGAAGAGGAGCCUGGAGAUGGUGAAGCUGCUGGUGGAGAACGGAGCUGAUGUCCAUGCCAGGGCCCACGGGGAGUUCUUCAGGAAGAAGAAGGAAGGAGUUUACUUUUAUUUUGGUGAGCUCCCCCUCUCCUUGGCUGCCUGCACCAACCAGCUGGAUGUGGUGGAUUACCUCCUGAACAACCCCCACCAGAAAGCCAGGCUGCAGGAGCAGGACACCCAGGGCAACACGGUGCUGCACGCCCUGGUGAUGAUUGCAGAUGACACCGAGGAGAACACCAAGUUUGUCAGCAGCACCUACGUGGAGAUCCUCAAGGCGGGCGUGAAGCUGGACCCCACCUGCAAACUGGAGGAGAUUGUCAACUAUGAUGGCCUAAACCCCCUGCAGCUGGCUGCCAAGACAGGCAAAGUGGAGAUCUUCAGGCACAUCAUCCAGAGGGAGAUCCAGGAGCCCCUGUACCGGCACCUGUCCCGCAAGUUCACCGAGUGGACCUACGGCCCCAUCCACGUGUCCCUCUAUGACCUGUCCUCCCUGGACAGCUUCGAGGAGAACUCUGUGCUGGAGAUCCUGGCCUACAGCAGUGACACCCCGAACCGGUACAAGAUGGUGGUUUUGGAGCCACUGAACAAACUGCUUCAGCAAAAAUGGGAAACCUUUGCUUCCAAGAGGUUCUACUUCAGCUUUGUCUCCUACCUGUCAUUCAUGAUCAUCUUCACAGCCAUUGCAUACUAUCAGCCCUUAAGGGUGAAGCCUUCCUUCCCAGUGGAGUUCACAGCUGGAGGCUUCCUGUGGGUCUCUGGACUGAUCAUUAUCUUGUUAGGAGGCAUUUAUCUGAUCUUUGCUCAGAGCCUGUACCUGAGGAGGAGGCGCCAGUCCCUGAAGACCAUGUGCUCUGACAGCUGCAUCGAGAUCCUGAUCUUCAUCCAGGCCUUCUCCCUGCUGCUGUCAGCAGUGCUGUAUGGAGCCAGCUCAGAGAACUACGUGGCAGUGAUGGUGUUCUCCCUGCUCCUGGGCUGGGUGAACACCCUCUACUACACCCGCGGCUUCCAGCGCACCGGCAUCUACAGCGUCAUGAUCCAGAAGACCAUCAUGAGAGACCUGCUGCGUUUCCUCCUGGUCUACAUGAUCUUCCUCUUUGGCUUUGCUGCAGCCCUGGUGACGCUGAUGGGCGAUGCCCCCUCGGUGUCCCAGAACAAGUCCCUGGCUCCCCUGGAGAGCUCGGGCAGCCACGCCAUGUACGGGGGGCUGCUCAGCGUCUCCCUGGAGCUCUUCAAGAUCACCAUCGGCAUGGGGGACCUGGAUUUCCAGGAGCACGCCAGGUUCAGGUACUUUGUCAUGCUGCUGCUGCUGCUGUUUGUGAUCCUCACCUACAUCCUGCUGCUGAACAUGCUGAUUGCCCUCAUGAGCGAGACUGUCACGGAUAUUUCUGGCUACAGCAAGAGCGUCUGGAAGCUGCAGAGGGCAAUUGCAAUCCUGGAAAUAGAGAAGGCCUGGCUGUGGCGCCAGGGGGGGAAGAGGAGAUCUGGCUGCUUCAUGUCAGUGGGGCUCAAUAAGAAGGAUGAGAGGUGGUGUUUCAGAGUAGAGGAAAUUAAAUGGACAGACUGGGCAAAGGAUGUGGGAGUUCUGAAGGAAGAACCUGGGAGCACCUAUGAUUCAGAACUAAAUCCAGAAGACACCAGCAGCUCCUGGAGACCAGCACAGAAACCGCCCCGAGCAGCUGCCCCAGAGGAGCUGGCCCUGCUGCAGCCCCAGGCACCAGGCACAGAGAUGGUUCCUCUGCACAGACAGCCCAGGGAGCUCUGAGAGCUUUUCUGAACCUGCCUCCAUCUUCAGAGGAGUUGUUCUUCCCCCAGCAGCUGGGAGAGCUGAAGGCACUGUCAGCAGCAAAGUGCUUUUCGUGGAGGGCUGUGGCUCAGCCUGUGGCUUUCAGUGUUGUCAUGCACUUUAAUGAUUCAUUUCCUCUGAAGAAACUGGUUUUACUCGACUUUUCUUUGCCUGACACUUUCUUGUUACUAUUCCUAAAGAUCCCAGAUCCCAGAACAGCUCUCUGAGCUGUGCAGGGAUGAUGCCCAUGGAUCAUGCCCAAGGAAUCACCUGGCAGAGGAUGGCCCAGCCUGUUCUCCUGUCUCAAAGGACUGCACUGAAGUGCUUUGGAAUAAAAAAUGUUGUAGAGUCCUAAAAGCUGCUGAGGGUGGAGUUGUCUCUGUGCUGGUGUGAGAUGGGAGUGCACAAACUCUCACCCUGUGCAGCACCUGCAGGGCUCCAUGGUUAAUCCACAUCAGGAUCCCCAUUUCACACUUCCAGAGUGAAAUUCUUUGCAAGUUUCCCUAAAAUCACAGGAAGUGGUGUGGAUUUCCUGGACCUGAAAUUUCACUGGUGGAUUUCUGGGACUUUGAUGGUUGCUUUGUCUCUGUAAUAAACAGCAGCAGAAUCCUGCUGGUGGCCCCUGAGAGACUGAUGGGCCAACACUUUGUGUGUGGUUUUUGCUUCCUGUUACUCAUGAUGGGCAUCCUGUCUUGCUGCAAAUGUCUGCAAGGACCUUGUUCCUUUUUGUGGUUUGCAGCCUGCUGUAAACUCUGUGGGAGAAGAGAUAAAAAUGAGCUGUCUCACUUUUCACUCUAUUUAACAGUAAUGACAUGUAAAAUUUCUGUAAACAAUACAGCAAGUGUACUUCAUUGAAAA